CGCUCCUGCAAGGAAAGAAAAAAAGUCGGCUGCUCGCAUGAUAAAUUGUUUAGGUUUUUAUCUUGAUAAUUAAUAUUUAAAAUUUAUAGUAGAACUGGGUCAGACGGGAAUCCUAACCUAGCUUGAACUCGGUGUUUUAAUUGUGGUGAGUGACUGGAGAAGACAGACAAUUGCAUUAGGUUGUUGUACUUAAUUCAACGAGUGGAAUUGGACAACAAUGAUCACAAUUCGACCAUUAUCGAGCACCUUGUUUCGACAAGUUUCUGUCCUCAGCACGACGGGAUGUUGUAUAUUUCCAAUCCUGCAACGCCCAGCAUCUCUAUUUCUGGGUUGCAGCAGUCACACUAGUCGGAUAAGCAGAAAAGCAGUCAAACUUUUGAAACGGAAUACCUCAUCAUCAUCGGUUGGAAGUGGGCAGUCAACACAGGAAAUUAAUAGUAACGAUUCGUCAUCACCUUCUCAGAAACAAGAAAAAUGUUAUGACUUGAAUUUCACGGAGGAAAAAGUCCAACAUCAGUAUCAGAUAUCAUGUCGCGAAAUCCAAGAAAAUCGCUCCAAGUAUACUCUAAGGAGCCAUACGUGUGGAGAACUUAAGAAAUUUCAUGAUGGCAGAAGGGUUAACUUGUAUGGUUGGAUAACAUAUAAAAGAUUGAAAGGAAAGUUCUUGGUGAUUCGAGACGUGUAUGGGUCUACACAACUAAUUAUUCCGGCUGAAAAAAAGGAGUUAGUAAAAGCUGCAGAUAACACACCUUUGGAAUCAGUUGUUCGUAUUGCAGGAGUGGUGCAUAUGAGACCUGAUAAACAACAGAAGCCUGAUCAACCGACUGGUGAUAUUGAAGUUGUAGUAGAUGAUUACGAAGUAUUGAAUGAACCAACUGCUCUUAGAAUGGCCUUUAAUGAUUAUGCAAAGGCUGAUGAAGAACUGCGAAUGAGUUAUCGAUAUCUGGAUCUGAGAACAGAACUAUUGCAACGCCGACUUCGCUUCCGUGCUAGUUUAAUUCGUAGCAUGAGAGAAUUCAUGGAUCGAAAUUAUUUUAUCGAUGUUGAAACCCCAUCCUUGAUUCGAAGAACUCCUGGUGGAGCACGCGAAUUUCCAGUUGCAACGAGGCAUCCAGGUUUAUUCUAUGCCCUUGCCCAAUCUCCACAACUGCUCAAACAAAUUUUGAUGGUUGGAGGUAUGGACAAGUAUUACCAAGUGGCAAGGUGCUACCGAGACGAAGGUGCUAAACCGGAUCGUCAACCAGAAUUUACACAGUUCGACAUAGAAUUAUCCUUUACAACACGAGAACAAGUUAUGGAUUUGAUUGAAGACUUGCUGAAAUAUGCUUUACGUUUGUCACCAAAGCGAGAUUUUGAUAUCAUGACGUAUAAAGAGGCCAUAAAGAAUUAUGGAACUGAUAAGCCCAACACAAGCGGUUUUUGUUGGAUAAUCGACUUUCCACUCUUUGUAAAAAAUGAAGAAACUGGUCAACUGGAAGCAGCUCAUCAUCCUUUCACAAUGCCGUUAAAAGAGAGUGAUGUUUAUGAGAACCCAGAGAACGCUGUGGGUCAAAGCUAUGAUCUAGUCUUCCAAGGGAAUGAAAUCGGUGGUGGAUCCGUCCGAAUACACAAUUCUCGUCUACAACGCCAUAUUUUCGAUAUCUUGAAACUUCCAACGUCAGAUAUUGAUUACUUAUUAACCGCUCUUGACUCUGGCUGUCCUCCUCAUGCCGGAUUUGCCCUUGGAAUUGAUCGCUUAGUAGCACUUUGGAGCGAUGCAAAUUCUAUCCGUGAUGUGAUCGCAUUUCCAAAAUCAUCAGAAGGAAGAGAUCCUCUCAGUAACACGCCAAGUCCUCUUGAUGAGCAAACUUUAAAAUAUUAUCAUCUCACGAACAACUCGACCAACAAAUCAAAAUAAGUUAUCUGCCGCUUUCUUAGCCAAUGUUAAUGUCAAUCAGUUAAUAUUUCUAUCAAUUUGAAAAGUAUUCUGGAAAUCAUAAUUUUUUUUACUUGUAAUCAUAAUUCUUGUGGGUUGGAAUUAAUGUUGAAUAAAAGUAUAAAGUUCAUAUAAAACA